UCAUCUGGGGUCUGGACACCACCAAGGGGUGUCAUGGCAACUACAAGAGAAAUAUCAGCAAAACCUCAAAGUGGAAUCAAAGCUGAACGGAGGAAAACAUUUUGUUUAGUUCUUGUGAAGACCCGCACAACGACAAGAAAUAUGCCAUCUGCAAGUUCAGUCGCAUCUGGAGAUACUGCUAGCUCGAGUGGAUCUAGACGCAGAUACAACCCGAAAUAUAAUGUUGUCAGCAGAAACUCAUCUGUGGAUGAAGCUCUUUUUGGAAAUGGAAGGAGAGUACGAUCAGCCCCAGAGGAAAAAGGACUACAACUUGAUUUUUUGACUGGCAGAUCAAAUAGCGCAACUGGACGGCCAUCUAGAAGAGCAAAGAAGGGAGAAGUUAUUGAAGUAAUCACAAAGGAUAUGAUAAGGAAGUUAAAAGUUCCAGACUCAGAUCCUUCUGGAAGAUCAAUAAUUCUCAACCCAAUGGAAUAUAACAGGAUAAAGAAUGCUUCAAAAGUGCUUACAGCUGCAGAAAGAGAAGAGCAGAUUCGAAUGUAUAAUCAACAGAAGCAGAGACUCUUAGAUGCAGGUGAAGAAAGGAAAAAUUUCAUGCAACAAAUGGAAAGACAAAGGAAACAAAAUGAGAAAUUGUCAGAGAUUGAGCAGGAAGCCAAAGAGCAGAGUCAGUAUUUGCUUGAAAAAGCCCAAGAGCAAAUGGAAGAAGAGGAAGAUGAAAUCAAAAAGCUGAAUGAAUUGAUAUUGAAUGCAAAAUGUCAUGCAAUAAGAGAUGCACAGUUGAUAGAAAAAGUUGAUAUUAAGAAAGAACUCCUGGAUGAAGAAAAGAGACUUGAUGAAAUGAUGGAGAACGACAGAUUGAAAGCACUUAAAGAGUAUGAAGAGAGAGAACAUAAAAAGAAAGAAGAACGUUUAAGGGGAGCAGGUGUCUUGAAAAAACAGAUUGAAGAAAACGAAAUGUCAAGGCUUCUUGAGCAAAACAAGAAGGAUCUUGAGACUGCUGCCAUGUUGGAGUACUUGGACAAACUGCAAACAGAGGAUAUGGAAAAUCUCAUAAAAAAGAGGGAAAUGCAACACAAUGUGAUGAAGGAUGUUGCUAAAGCGAAUAAGGAAAUCAAGGCAAUCAAAGAGACGAGAAAAGCACAGGAAAUGAUGGAGGAAGUGAAAGUAAUGGAUUAUCUUAAGGAAAAGGCUGCGAGAGAAGAAGCUUACGAAAAAGAGAAGGAACGUCAAAGAAUUGAAAAAGAGAAGGAGAUAGCAAGACUAAGAGCUCAACAAGAACGAGCCAUCGACAAGCAAGCGGAGAAGGAUGCACUUAGAGCGAAAAGAAACCAAGAACGAUUAGAAAGAGAGUGGAGAAAGAAAGAGGCCGAAGAAGCUGCAAAAAAAGCAAGCACUGAAGAAAUGCUGAAAAUGGCCCGUCAAGAACAAGUUUAUGAUAAGGAGCAUUUCUUAGCCGUCCAAGCUGCCAGGGACCGAGCUGAAUUUGAACGAGUUUUAAGUGCGCAGAGGGGUCAGGCAGCCAAAGAGGAGGAGCUUGAGAACCACUUUCAACACAGAAGAAAAAAUUACGCUGAGGACAUUAGAACGCAGAUGCGCGAGAAAGAAAAGGAGCGUAUUCAGAACCGCAAUGCAUUUUUCGAGGAAGGCGUAAAACUUGAUAUCGAGGCGAAAGAGCGCCGUCAAAAGUUGGACGCAAUCAAGCAGCGAAAGUUACGAGAACUGAAAGAUGCAGGGGUGCACGAUAAAUAUGUAAACGAGGUUUCCAGGCGAAUCGAGGCACCGGCGCCUUCUUUAGCUAAUAUGUUAUGAAUGUACCAAGACUCAAACUUUGUAAGUAGCUGCUGUAGCAAAUAUGUUGUAAAUUAUUCAUUAAUGUUGGUCAUACAACUCUCAGUAUUAAGAAUUGUUGCAUUUCAUAAUAUGUCUUCUGGUGCAGUUAAUAAGGCUGUUUAAAGAGUACAUCGGAUUUUGUUAAUAACAAGUCGUCUUUAUUUGAAGGACUUGUUGAGAACUUCGUAUGCAAUAAAAUUUUUACUUCUAUCGAAAUAAGCUUUAGAAUCUGUAUAAUAUGAUGUUUGAAA